AUGAGUCUCGUGCUGUCCGCAAAAGCGGGAAAAAGCAAGUUGGGGAAACACGUGACACGACAACUUCCGGGGUCGAAGUCCGAGCGCCGUUCCGCGAGGGGAAAUGACGUCGCCGUUGUUAUCAAAACAAACACGCACGACAGUGGCUAUUUAACCAGUGGGACUUCUCAAACCAAGCUCUUGUUCAACGAAGCUGUGCCCGCAAGCGUCAGGAAUCGAGCCACGGCUGUCGGUCCUCCAGCCGCGAUCGUCAUCGAGAAGCUGCGCCCCCUGCCGCCCGCCGAUCGACAGAAGGAGGCGGAGGGCGGCGUGAAAAGCUCGCUCGGCUUCAGCAGUCUCUCUGAGGAGAGGCUGCAAGCUGCCGUUGACCUAGUCAAGAGAGAUCUGAGGCGCAGCCGUUUCCAGGCCAUGUGCAGGUCGUCUGCGGACCCCCCAGAAGAAGCUUCUGUCUUGGACAUUUGUAAUAUGACACUGCCCCAGAUGACGGGUAAAUUAAGUCUAAAGGAGAGACUGGCGAGACCUGGAUCCCAACAGCCAGCUCCCGUGAAGCGUCUUGCGGUUUCCAAGCAAAUUGGUCGCCCGCCCGCCUCAUCAAGAGUGGCUGCAGGUGUGGACCAGCAGCACUUCUUAAGACAGGAAGUCUACAAGCUUCAGAAAGAGCUGGAAAAACUAAAAAAGGGCCUGAAUCCGGAGGCCGGACAACCUCAGGACAUGCCCAAAAAGCCGCCCAGACCGUUCAGGUCGCGCAAUCUUCAGCCCUCGUCGCCGAAACGUGCAAUCCUCAAGACCACGGAUAACCCCGAUCAGCAGGAAGUCCUCAGACAGGAGAUUUUCAAGCUACAAAAUGACGGACUACAACACUCCGACGGCGCAUUUGUACAGGGUGGAACGUCCAACUCAAGUGAUGCCAAGAAAAGCACCGAUAACAUUUCGAAAAAGCCUCUCAUUGCUUCCAAGUCGUUGUGGACGAAAGAUCCCAUCCCGAAGUCGGAGGGGACCGCGGACCGGCGGACUCUCUUAGGCCAGGAGAUGUGCAAGCUUGACGCCGAGCUGCAAAGCUACACCCGGCAAGUGGAGAAACUCUCCGACAGAGUCAUAUCGCGUGCUAAUAACGAGAACUACGAGGACGAGCAGCUCGAACCCGACGAGCGGAAGAAGCUGGAGAUGCGCUGGCAAAAGCUGUCUGAGCGCUCGGCGCGGACCAUCUACUGUCUCCAGCAGCAGGUCAAAGAAGUACAACAAUAUAUAGAGAAGCUGCACAACCAGGACGUGUGGGAGGAAAAAAAGUCCACGGCCAUCCGUCGUCUCGCAGGUGCCCAUCGUGGCACGCUGAAGGCCUUGCAGGUGGUCACCCGCCAGCUGGCCCACCAGUAUCACAACAAGCUCCCGUCGUGUUGUGGAGAUCUGAGCCGGCUCAUUUGCCAGCUCACGCUGUGCUCGGCCAGGGUGCAGGUGGAGCCCGGCUCGCCUUUGCCCGAGACGGCCGGCGCCAUCCUGAGCAAGUUGGAGAUUUUGGACCACUCCAUCACCAAACACAAGACCCUGCAAGCCAUGCAAGACCGAGCUUAUCCUCAACAGAGGAAGCCGUCCACCGGGGCGCCCGAGCCGAGCGGCGCCGCUCGCAGGCUCCCGAAAGGCGCCAAUCUGCCCAAAAGUAGCCAUGCUCGGAGGAUUGCGAGGCAGAAGGAGCAAGGACCGGGCAGACCGGCUCACCUGCAGGGGGCGCCGCAGCAGCACAAGAGAAAGCCCCCCGGCAAAAAAAAAAAGCACCAGCCUGCCAAUGUGAAGGAUCCACAUUUUAAGGAGCCCACAGUGUCCUCUCGCCUCCGAGUCAAUCAGCUUCCUCACAGGGAGUCGACGGUGCCGUGGAUACCGGCGUCGUCACACUCGCUUUCUCCGCCGCGCUCUUGUCACAAGACGACAUCAGAGCCCAGGUGCCUCUCGUCUCCCGCCAAGCCGUCCUCCUCCUCGAGCCCUCCGAAAGGCUCUGUUGGAUUCGGAUCCAUCGACGACACCCACGUGAAAUCUGAAAAGCAGCGACAAGCUCAGAGCGAGGCAUUAAGAGGGGCCUGGUUGGACAAGAUGACCGCGCAGCGACUAGAAGACCUGAACCGGCUGACCCGAGAGGAGGCUGAACGCAUCCAACGACUGAGGGCCGAGGUCGUCUCGCCGACUGAAUGGGCCGAGAGAGCUGAGCGGCGGGCGAGAGAGAAAAUCCGUCCGCUUCUCCGUGAGGCCAAGGCGGCUGAGGGAGCCGAACAGGCGGGCGAGGACGCCCUUGAGGAAAACCUCUCGGAGGAGGCGGCGCGGCGAGCCCUGCGAGGCCCCGCCCUCGAGGGAAUGCUGGAGCGCAUGGAGGAGAUACAGAGGGAUCAGGAGGAAGUGAGGAGGCGGGUCGCGUCCGUCGCAUACUCGGACGCCCUUCAGUGGAGUCAGCCGGCAGGCCCUCAGGUCCAGGUCCAGGUUCUGGGCUCGAGGCCGGGCUCUCCCAAGCCCAUUAGACUGACCAGACCGGUGCUGAGGCAGGCUCCGGCUGCUGAUAUUUUUCUGGAGGAACCUGUUGAGGCUGGAGUCCUCACCGAGAGCAGCCUGACCGAGGAGGCGUCCGGCGAAGUCGUCCCUCCGAUGUUUCCCGGUCGCGAGGGGAGCGGCGCAGCGAGGACGGUCGUCAUCAGCGUGCCGGGCAGCAUGCUGAGAAGUAUUCGCCACUACCGGGAAGACUACGAGGCGUACUUGCGCCGCGCGGCUCACCAAGGCGGCAGCGGCGACGUCAACUCCUGGGCCAUCGCGGACAGCCUGGCGGAAGAGCUACUGCGGGACGCGGCGGCAGACGUCGCGGCCGAGUUCCAAGACGUGACGGAGGAGUGCGCCGAGGCCGUCUUCACCGCCGAGUUCCUGCAGCUGAUCCGCUCGCCUGGUGUGGCCUCCUCUUCCUCUUCCUCAUCCUCGUUCAACCAAUAGGUGGCACGUGGCGCAAGACGAUUGUUUUUUUAAUUUAUCGUGUACAGAUGGAACUGAGUUAAUUGCGAGUGUAUGUGUCCGUUAUUUUUUUUAUUUUUUUUUUUAAAUAAAGCUCCAGCAGGGAAGAUUGCU